CAUGGCUUUCCUUCGUUCAUGCGUCAUGUAAGCGACCUUUAUUUUGAAGGCGGUCACCGGAAACAGCUGUUGUUUCGUUGUUUAUAACUUGACUGCGGCUGCGCUGUGCAGACUGCAAACAUGGACGUCACAUGUGAGAGAAUGACCUGAACAUGAUCCUCGCGGUGAUCUGUGGGAAAAACCAGCAGAGACAACAAGUGGAGGGCAGACAGGCGGCAUGACAGAGGAGAAAUGUCCCCAGCUGGUGGACUACUUUGUAGUGGCAGGUCUCGACCCUGCGGGGCCCUGGAGGCCCCUGGACGAGGAUGGAAAGACCUCCACCAACUCCUCCUCGACGCCCUCCUCCUCUUCCUUGUCUUCGUCGGGCCGGGCAGUGGAGUCGGUGACAGACCUGGCCGUGAUCGCCCGGGGUCUCGGGGAGGAAGUGCCGGAGGGCUUCACCUGCAUUGAGAAGACCCUCGGCGGACACUCGGCCGAGCUGAGCGCCGGCCUCAUCAACAACCCACACCUAUUCCUGUGCUACCGCCGAGGUCGGGACAAACCGCCCAUCCUGGACCUGGGGGUUCUGUAUGAGGGGAAGGAGCCGCUGAAGCAGGGCUGGUACGUCAUCGAGACGACGCCCUACAGCCGCUCGGCCAAUCUGAGCUCGGGCGGCGCCCCGACGGCUCACCGGGUGUUCCUGAUGUACCGACGGGCUCUGGACUCACAGGGCCUCCACAUGCUGGGCGUCACUGACAUUGCCCUGCUGCUGCCCAGCAAGGGAGAGGUGGCCCCGCACACCUUCUGCCGGGUCGACAAGAACCUCAACACCGGCAUGUGGGGUCCAGCCCUGUAUGUGUGCUACAAGAGAGCUGUGGCCAAAGCCAACGCCCUGGUCUACAAGGCCAGUCUUAUCAGCCGGUACCCAGAGGAGGACCUGGAGGCGUUUCCUCUGCCGGAGUCGGUGCCGGUCUUCUGUCUGCCGAUGGGUGUCACUGUGGAGAGCUGGCCUCUAAACACCAAGUACCAGCUGCCUGUCUUCUCCACCUUUGUCCUCACCUCCGCCUCCGGGGACAAGGUUUACGGCGCAGCCAUCCAGUUCUACGAGUCGUUCUCCAGGGAGCUGCUGUCGGAGCGGCAGAGCGUGCUGCUCGGGCUGCUCAGCGUGGUCGACCGGCGGCCGAUCACCAGCCGCAGCCUGCAGGUGAAGAAGAGCAUCUGCGUCCUCUCCCACUGGCCCUUCUUCACCGUCUUCCAGAAGUUCCUCACCUUCGUCUACAGAUACUCCAUCUCCGGGCCCCACGUCCUGCCGCUUGAAAAACACAUCUCAAGCUUCAUGCACAACGUCCCGUUUCCAUCCCCCCAGCGGCCCCGCAUCCUCGUUCAGCUCUCUCCGUACGACAACCUGCUGCUCUGCCAGCCGGUCUCCUCUCCACUCCCACUCAGCGGUGCAAGCUUCCUGAAGCUGCUGCAGAACCUCGGCCCAGAAAACGCCUGCACGCUGCUGCUCGCCGUCCUCACUGAACACAAGCUGCUUCUGCACUCGCUCCGCCCUGACGUCCUCACCUCCGUCAGCGAGGCCCUCGUCUCCAUGAGCUUCCCUCUACGCUGGCUCUGUCCCUACAUCCCUCUGUGUCCGCUGCAGAUGGCUGAUGUGCUUCUGGCGCCGAUGCCCUUCAUCGUGGGCGUCCACUCCAGCUACUUUGACCUAUAUGACCCCCCCACUGAUGUGGUGUGUGUUGAUCUGGACACCAAUACCAUAUUCCAGCUGGAGGACAAGAAGCCUUUGUCGUGGCGAUCGUUACCCAGGAAGCCCGGCAAGACCCUGUUCAACACCCUCACCAACCUCAACAAGACCCUGGAGAAGAUUUGCAGUCCCGGUCAGGAGGAGGCGACGCUGGAGUUCCUGUUGACCGACUACGAUCAGAUCUACAGGAGUCAGAAGCAGCUGGAGCUGGAGAUCCAGGAGGCGUUCCUUCGCUUCAUGAGCUGCCUGCUGCGAGGAUACCGAACCUUCCUGCUGCCCAUCACCCAGGCGCCGUCGGACACCACCACCGACUGCAGCUCCCUGUUCAACUUGCAGGGUUUCCUGAAGUCUCGGGAUCGAACGCAGCAGAAGUUCUACACUCAGCUGACGAGGACUCAGAUGUUCACUCAGUUCAUCGAGGAGUGCUCCUUCGUCAGCGACCGACACGCCUGCCUUGAGUUCUUUGACGAGUGCGUCCAAAAGGUGGACGUGGAGAAGCCGGAGGAGGUGAGGCUGAUCGAUCUGGAUGAGACUCACAGCGGAGAACACACAGUUUUCAUCAUGCCUCCUGAAGAACCUCAGGAACCUGACGGGUCGGAGUGUCCCGCCCUCUACAGUUAUGAAACCUUCCCCAUACUGAAGCCAGAGCUCUUUGACCGGCCCCAGGACCAGCUCCGGGUCCCGGCUAAAGGCAGCGCCCCCAGUAGCCCCGCUCCCAGACGCACAAAACAGGAAAUCAAGUUGGCCCAGAAGCGAGCUCAGAAGUACUCUUCGGUGCCGGACAUGUGGUCCAAGUGCCUGCUGGGUCACUGUUACGGCCUCUGGUUCAUCUACCUGCCCACUUUUGUUCGGGCGGAGAUUGCUAAGGUGCGCGCGUUGCACACGGCCUACGACGUGCUCAAACACAUGGAGAACCGCAAGGUGGUGCUGCCGGACGAGGUGUGUUACAGGAUCUUGAUGCAGCUGUGCGGUCAGUAUGGUCAGCCGGUCCUCGCCGUUCGAGUCCUGCUGGAGAUGAAGAAGGCUGGAAUCACACCCAACACCAUCACCUACGGAUACUACAACAAGGCGGUGCUGGAGAGUAAGUGGCCCUCCACCAGUCAGGGUGGACGUCUCCGCUGGGCCAAGCUGAGGAAUGUCCUGCUGGCUGUGGCCCACUUCAGACAGCCAAUCAAACAACGGCAGAAGAGCGGCUCGGUGGGGUCACGGGGAGAAGCGAUGUUGUACCCUGACCAGAGGCCCCGUCCCCACUCCACUCUGUUUCGUCAGUCCAGUUGGAGCGCUCUGUCUGAAAGCUCCAGUCACGAGUCUCUGACGGGUUCACUGGUGAAGAGCAACAGUCUGAGCAGCAUGAAGACGCCCGCUGACAAGGGGAAGCAAUGCAAGACCGUCCUCCAAAAUGCAGGCACCAACGGCUGCGGGGACGCCGUCUCCGGUAAACCUCCAAUGGGACGCAGAGACACCUCCACCCCGCCUCCAGCGCCACCCGGCGGUGUCCUGGUUCAGCGGAGUCAGGUCUGCCUCUCCACCUUCUACAAAGAGUGCGCGGAGUCGGCCGACUCCGAGCCGGACUGCAGCUGCCAGCCGGCAGAGAGAGACAGCAGGCCUGUAGCAACGCGCGACUCGGCCAGCAAAAAUAAGGUCGUAGACGAGAACUACAACAACGUCUCCUCCCCGAGCCGAGGAGGUCUGGCAGGGAAACUCCAGCAGCUCCUCACUCCGACCAGACACAGAGUGUCUGUUCGACGAGCCGCCAGCGUGGACGACCGGCGACCAGGAGGAGGAGGAGGGAUAGGACGAAGGGUGUCGGAACAGAGGCAGUCCAGGAAAUCCCAAGUGGCUGAAUCACUGCUGAAAGCUAAGGACAGGCUGGUCAACGCUAACUCAGAGAGUUCGUUGUCUGUAGGAAGUGACCUCGACUUGACGGACAUGCCCAGUCCAGCCUAUCCUCUGCGUAGGUCCUGGGACGCCAAUCAAGAAGGGACAGGGCUCGAGGUGUUGAUGUCCAGCUGCUCUCUGUGUCGCAGCUGUAACUCGCUGGUUUAUGACGAAGAGAUCAUGGCUGGCUGGACGUCAGACGACUCCAACCUGAACUCGUCCUGCCCGUUCUGUUGCGCCUCCUUCGUCCCCUUCCUAAACGCAGAGAUCUGCGACAUCGGACCCCUCAGCAGUGCGGAACGCAGCAACUGGAACACAGAGGACGAGGUGGAGAGCGCGAUUCGUCCCCCCAGCAGUCAGGAGGCAUCCCUGCAACACCAAUGUAAUGGUCUGAGCGAAGACUCCAGCUCCGAGACCAGCAGCUACUCCGAGAACAGCAGAACUACCACGGGUUCGUCAGUAGGCGGGGCUCCCCAGGUGACCGUGGCCUACCUGAGCCCUCUGGUUCUGAGGAAGGAGCUGGAGAGUCUGCUGGAGAAUGAGGGCGAGGCGGUCCUGGCCCAGCCUCAGUUCCUGGAGAACCACUCCAUCAUCUUCUGGAACCUGGUCUGGUAUUUCCAGCGCCUCGGUCUGCCUAGUAACCUGCUGCAGCUGGUCAGAGCCUCACCGCUGGUCAGCCAGUUCACACAGUUGGAGAGCUCAGCAGUGAGAGUGAGGCUCCUCUGGGACACCCUGACCCCUGACACAGACCAGUGGCCCCCCCUCUACAUCCUCUGGAGGAUCCACAGUGGCGUCCCAAUGCGAAGCUUCAGCUGGCGGAGACACAGCCACCCGUUCACCCUGUCCUUCCUGGAGGAGGUGCUGCGGUGGGUCGGAAUGAACGAGGUGCACAAAGCAAUCACCCUCUUUCUGGACACGCUGGCCAAACAUCCGGGUUCCCCCUGGACACAGAGGAGUUUGUACAGAGAGUUCCUCUUCCUCACGCUGGCAGCUAUGGGCAAAGACCACGUCGCUGCAUUUGAUAAAAAGUACAAGGCGGCGUACUCACGGCUCAGCAGCACACUGGGUCGAGAGGAGCUCCGUAAGAAGCGAGCUCAGCCUCCCAGCCCCAAAGCCAUCGACUGCAGACGCAGCUUCCACCCGUCGCUCGAAUGCUGAUCAUCCAGGAGACGAACGUCCCUGAUGACUCAUGCAGCGUUCGUCCCUGUGAGGGGAAGAGGAGGAACAGCAAACCUAUGAUCCCUGCUGCCUUCACCUGCUUGUAUUCUUCACCUCGCCGCUGCUCCCCAAGUGGAUGUCGGAGUGACACGCUCCUCCCUGUCCUCCUUACCUCUGUUUGCCUCGUCGAUGUGAAUCCAGCAGCUAUUUGUCUCCAUUAAAGAUCCUGAACGUUGAUCCGGCUGCGGCAGAUGGAGUUGCUCGUACAGAAACGCACAUAAAGCGAUAACACUCUGAGCUGAGAUCAGUCCGUCAGGUGGAGUCCUGCAUCGUCUGAAGGCAAAGAUAACUGGCCUGAGCUCGGGUUCGUGCAUGUCCAGAGGGAUCAGCUGUGUCGGUGCAAAGUUUUGGUUUUAACCUGUUUUUGGAAAAAAUUCCCAACAAGAUGAUUCAAACCAGGACCUGAAAGUCCGUGCAAGCGCAGAGGGAAUCUUCUGGACGAUUGAAAGGGGGGGAAAUUUUAACCACAACAUUGUAGGACAUUAGAUUAAAUGAUCAAGGAAGAGGUUUAGGAUUUUAAUAGAAGAUUAAAAAGGCAUGAAACACUCCAAAUGCAACCCAAAAAGAAGCUGCAGACUUCAAACUCCAGGAAACUUUUCUUUGUGUAGCAGAGUGGUUUCUCUUUCUACAAGGGAAUAAAGUCUGAAAUCAAUGUUCAUUUUCAAGAAAGUCGAGGAAAUAACCAAACAAGAAGCUGAGAUUAACUAGACAAACUCCCUGAAACUUAUGAUCAUUUGUUGGGAAUCUAGAAGGCCGACAGCUCAAUGUGAAGCUACUGAGAGUUGAUCUCUCCCAGCAUAAUUAAAGAAGCGUUUUUUUAAAGUCAGAAGACAUCAGUCAUUCAACACCUGAGAAAACAAGAAGUCAAGACUUUUACACUCCCGGAAACUACAGAUCUUUUUGUUGGGAGCCUUCCCGAGGUUCAAAGACUGUCAGACAGUUUUUAAUAUGAAGCUACAAGAUAUUUUAAAGGAGCUUUUUCCAGUGUGAUCAUGAUGGCCCCCUUAUGCUUUUGGACAUUGGGACUGAAAAAGACGGCGCCAACGUCUCAACAUUUGUAGGACACAUCAGCUUUGGUUGGAAAAUAAGUUCAGCUUUGGACGGUCAGGUCAGAACUUGUUGUCCAUCCAUCCAAACACAGGAGGAAACUCUUAGUAUCUCUGCAUCUACAAGUUAAUUAUCGUCUUAGCUAGGUUCUUGAUCACUGCCCACAUCUCCCCAGUUUUUCCGGUACUUCAAACAGGUUGUUGUGGACCGCUGUUUCCCCGGUUAGAGCCAAUCAGAGCUUUGUAGGCGUCAUAUUUCUGUGCCAGACUAUUAUAUAUACAGUCUAUGGCCAGAACCAGAAAGUCUUCCUCAGAAAUGGUGGCAGGUGUGGAUGAGAUCUUUGCAGCUGUACAGGUUGUCAUGAACCAGCUUCAAGUAACGACUCGUAAGUUAACAUAAUCCUUUUGAUCGACAUGACAUUUGCUCUCUACCACCGCCUCUGUCCAGUGGAAAUGACGGUGAUGGGAUGGAUACGUAACCCUCCAGCUGAUUAGUUAGAGCUAAUAUGUGAAAACAAAUUGACAAUAGAGAGCCUCGCCCUUCCGGUUGACCAAUUCAGGAAAAAAAUGUACGGUAGUCACGUGAUGUUUGUCAGUUUAAAAGAAAAUUUAAGUCAAUAAAGUCGUAGAUUUUUGUAACCGUCGAAGUACAAGACUGUGAAAAUAUAUAAUUACAAAGAUAUCAAAAUCAAAAGAUGCUUAUGUGACGUCAAAACUUUCUCUCAAUGAAGGAAGCUAACGUCACUGAAAUUACUAAAUCUCACAUUACUGAUGCUACUGAUGUUACUAAUGCAAAUGUCAGUGAAGGUAACGUUAUUAAUGCUAACGUCACUGAAGCUAACAUUGCUGAAUCUCACGUUACUGAAGCUCACUUUACUUAAGCUAUUGAGGUUUAUGUUAAUAUUACUGAAGCUAACGUUACUGAAGCCAACAUUACUAAUGCUAAUGUCACUGAAGCUAGCAUUACUAAUGCUAAUAUCACUUAAGCUAAAAUCGCUGAAGCUCACAUUACUUAAGCUACUGAAGCUAACAUUACUGUCACUCAUAUAUUGUGCGAGACGAGAGAUGUAGUUUGUUGAGAGGUUUCACACAAAAUUAAAUGUUGUUUUACAGUUUUCCAACAAUCGACUUUGUUGACAUAAAUUAUCUUUUAACCUGACAAACGUCAUGUGUGCAAUUAAGGACAUAAUUCAAAUGGGAUAAAAAGAUGAGUUGUCUCUCGUCGUUUAAUACCUUACCUUUUUUACAAAAUAAGGUCCCAUGAGGCAGAAGGUAGAGACUUGGGCUCUUUAUUCAUCUAUCAGUAUAAAUCACCAGAAAAACACAAAGAUUGGACAUGUUUGUGAAGCAAUGCAAUGUUUGUUUUUAUUCAUAUUUCCCGCCCCAUUCACUCAUGCAACCCCUUAGAUUUACCUUCAUACCUCAUGGCGGGGUCCCAACCCCUAGGUUGGGAAACCACUGCGUUAAGGAAGUGAUUUCUUUAAUAAAAGAUUUAGCAGCUCAGAGAGUCGUUGAAAAUUUCCAGCAGGAUUGAGACAGCUUAGUUGAAGAUGUGGUCUGGUUUCAAAGGGGAAACACCUGUUUUCCCAUCUGCAUCAACCAUACAUGAAAAAGGAAGUCAACACCACCGUCUCGGAUUGGAUCUGGUUCUUCUUCGGGACCAGGUAGAGGCUCACCUGCAAGACGCAGCAGUAUAAAGCUGUACUUGUGUCGAAGUGUUGUUUGACAUCAGCUUCUAGUUUUACCUUUCAAUUUUCCACCUGGAUGUUUUCUCAGAGUGGUUUUAUGUGUGGAAUUGAACAGUGCCGCCAUCUUGGCUUAUUUUGGACAUAAGGAUGACAGACAGAAAUAUGGGGGGAGUCAAAACUGUCUCACUGGUAACAUACCGUAUAAAAGCUUUUAGCAGCUGGAGACGUUCUAACUUCUGAUUAAUGUAAAUUACUGCUGAUGAUGACUUCUGUUUCAUAAUGUAAAAUCUGUAUUAUAGAAAUUGUAGAGUUAUUUAUGACUUUGUGAGAGCUCAUGUAAUAAUGGGAGUCUUCCAAUUAAAGGACAUUUUUCAUCAGCAGGUUAUCAAGAAAGUCUGUCUCCCUCUUCUGCCCCAUGGGACUAAUUUUGGAAGAAAUAUGUAGGGUAGUCGACGGCGAGGGACAACUGUUUUGAUCGCAUUUUGAAUUGAGUCCUGAAUUACAAACAUGUUUGUUAGUUUAAAAGAUAAUUUAUGUAAAGAAAGUCGCAGUUUUUCGUAAAACUGAAGUAUAGGACUGUGAAAAUACGUAAUUACAAAGACUACAAACCCAAAAGUCACGUAUGUGACGUCAUAACUUUUUCUCACAAUAAAUGAUGCAAACGUCACCGAAGCUAAUGCUACUGAAGCAAAGAGCUUCUAUGUGAAGAUGUGAUAUAUAACCUAGUGGUGGUGAUGGAGCAGUGGAUAAGACACAUGCCUUUGGUGUGAGAGACCCGGGUUCAAACACCCACCAAUGUGUCCUUGAGCAAGACGCUUAACCCCUAGUUGCUCCAGAGGCAUGCGAACUCUAUCUUAGAUCGGUAACGUUAACUCCGGCAACUGUGCUGUGAACCUAACCUCCUCGGGAGGACCUAUCGGAACGCAUUUAAAAUGCAUGAAAAAUUUUAAAAUCGCACUUAGAUGGCCUAUUAGUUUUUUACCCAAACAUGAUCUUGAACAUGACCACGUUAUGAUAAUCUAUUAUCAAUGUAAGGACAGAUCUCCGCACAUCGUGGAUUUAUGCUCGUCCCAGCAUAAAAAUCUAUUUCCAUCUUUAGGUAACGUUGGCCUAUAACGCUGCGACUCUGUGGACCAUUUCACUGAAACACUCACUGUGGGCUACAUUAGGCUACUGCAGUAAUCAGUGUUUAAUAUGUAACCUAUAAAACUGAUCAAUGAACAGUAAUCUUUCAUAUUGAAGGCUAGUCACACUGAUUGGAACAUUCGUAGAACUGGAGAUAAUGUGACUAUUUGAGUGAGGAUGACUGUGGUGCCGCUGAAACAAACAGGCCUUAAUAAGGUUAAAAAGUGAGUUUUUCUUUAUUAGCUGCUGAUAGUCUGUGUUUUGUCAGCAUUAAUAAAAUACGAAAUGAGCAAG